UAUAGUCCACUUUCUUCUAUAUAUAAUAUAUACUCACCUCCAAGAACCUCACAUCUGUCUCUCUACUCUCUCUCUCCUCCAAAAACUCCUGAUCAAAGUUAACAGAUUCUAAAGCAACUUGAUAGAGUAGGGUGAGAUAUACAAAAAAUAAGUCAGAAAAAAAAGAGGGACAAAAAAAAAAAAAAAAUAGAGGGGUAGGAUCAUAUGUGAAAGGGUACAUGGAGCAAAAUAUGAUUGAUAAUAGUUGUAGUGUUAAUAUGGUAGCACCCUUUGUGAUGAAAACAUAUCAGAUGGUGAGUGAUCCAUCAACAGAUUAUCUUAUCAGUUGGGGAAGAGCUAACAAUAGUUUUGUUGUGGUGGAACCUUUAGAUUUUUCGCAGAGGAUUCUUCCCUCUUAUUUCAAGCACAAUAAUUUUUCAAGCUUUGUUCGUCAACUUAAUACUUAUGGAUUCCGAAAAGUAGACCCGGAUAGGUGGGAAUUUGCCAAUGAGUGGUUCUUGCGAGGUCAAAAGCAAUUGCUAAGUAAUAUUGCGCGCAAGAAGCACACCACCCGUUCCUACCCCCACCUACAAGAUGCUGAUAAUCACGAGUUAUUAGUAGAGAUUGAACGGUUAAGAGAGGAGCAAAAAAUGUUAGAUGAUGAGCUCAAAGGUAUGAAUCAACGAUUAAAGGCAACUGAGAGACGUCCCCAACAAAUGAUGGCCUUCCUAUGCAAAUUUGUUGAGGAUCCUGAUAUCUUGCCACGUGUCGUGAUGGAGCGAGAUCGCGCCAAACACGUGUGUGGUGUUGGUGGCGAGGGCGGAGUCGCUAGUCCCGAGAAACGGAGGCGACUCCUAACAAUGUCAUCCUCCACAUCAACCUCUGGGCAUGCCCAAUCAAAUAGUGAGGAGGAAGAAAGUACUACAUUAGGGCCAAAUUCAUCACCCCACCUUAAUAGCAAUGUUGAUACAUUUCCACAUUCUCCUUUGUCACCUAAUACUUGUAAUAGUCCUAUGCUAUUAGAUAUUUUCCACUCUAAUCAUCAACAAUAUAAUUAUAAUUGUAUUAGUGUUACAUCACCAUGGGAAUUGGUUCCAAAUGUUGAUAGUUUACAUAUGGGUAUGAACAAUAGUAUGUAUAUAGGGAAUAAUCCUAAUUAUAUGCCCAUGAAAGAGGAAAAUCCACCAUAUCCAUUUUCACUUUUAGAUGGGGGCUUUUAAAUUCUUAGUGAACAAUAUUGUACUUUGCGAUCGCAUGUGACCAUUUGAUCAAAUUUUUCUCUUUACUUUUA